CGCCAAUCAGAAGUCAGGAAAGUGAGGCAAGGUUGAAGCUCGCAGGAGAAAGAGUAUUGCUCAGUGUUCAGCAGCUGAGCAAGCAGGGAGGAUGUUUUUGGUGGGACUGACAGGUGGCAUUGCAUCAGGGAAAAGCACUGUCGUAGCUGUACUGCAGGAAUUGGGCUGUGCUGUUAUCGAUGCUGAUGUGAUCGCCCGUCAAGUGGUCCAGCCAAGCUUCCGAGCAUACCAGCGCAUUGUGCAUUCAUUUGGUCCUGAGAUUAUAUUGGAGAAUGGAGAGCUCAACCGUGAAGCCCUUGGAAGUAUUGUUUUCUCCCAGCCAGAAAAACGUCGACUAUUAAACUCUAUCACUCAUCCCGAGAUCCAGAAGGAGAUGCUAAAACAGAUCUUGAAAUACUUUCUGCUGGGUCAUCGGUAUGUAAUCUUGGACAUUCCUCUCCUCUUUGAAACCAAUACAUUGACCAAGUUCAUGAAACAUACUGUUCUUGUGUACUGUGACCCGCAAUCCCAGCUUUCUCGCCUGAUGCGAAGGAACGGUUUGACCCAGGCUGAGGCAGAAGCACGCAUUGCUGCCCAGCUGCCCCUUGACCAGAAAGUCAAGAUGGCCAAGCAUGUCAUCGACAACUCGGGCGAUCCUGAAGCCACAAGGAGGCAGGUCCUGAAGUUGCACGCGGCAUUGGAGGACUCCUUGGACUUUCUCUGGGUGCGCCUGUUGGCUGUGGUGGCAACAGCUGGGUUGGGCAGCCUAGUGUAUUGCUUCCUGCGGCAACUUGUAUCGUAACUUGCCCUUUCCAUGCUGGGAAAGGCAACAGAUAUCUUGACCCUUUAACUCAUUUUGCUAAUGUAAUGUACAUGUCUGAGGAAGAGAAACAAGAAGAUGGUUUGGUGGCUUUAUUAUUUUUCAUUCAGCUCACCUCCAUUGCUCACAUCUAAGAAAAUAAAAGAGGGCAUCCUUCCAAUUCUUCCAAAA